AUGGAUGAAGCUUGGCUUCACGUGCUCGAGCGUCUCGGAAUUCAAGAAGUGAUUCGUCUACGACGCAUUUCACCGCAUUUUUCGCGUCUCUGUUGCCGAUUUUUGCGAAUGCAGACGAGUUUCGAUUUGCAAAGGGAUUGUCCGCGCGCGGUGGCGAAUCCCGACGCGAUUUCAUCGAUUAUGAGCUUUUUCGGCAACUCACUUCGCCACGUGACUCUACGAGUACACGCUCCUGACGCAAAAUACGAAGCAAUGGCGAGCUCAAGCCACAUCGACACAUCGGUGAUUCGGACCAUCUGCCAAAAAUCGCAGCGUCUCGUCUCGAUCGAGAUGGACCGAAUGAUUCUGACGUUGGGUGCCAUCGAGAAAUUCGGCGAGCUUCCCGCGACCAUCGAGCGAUUCCGCAUUUCGAAUUGUCUGAUGUCGUGCUCCCAAUGGGAUGUCAUCACCAUUAUUCGUCGGAGUUUUGACAAGCUGCUCGAACGAUGUCACUGCUUGCGGACCUUUGAAAUCAGUGGGCGGAGUCUCAACAAUUGCCGCUUCAAUUUGGACCCGCAGAUUCUGAAUCGUUUGUCCGACACGAUCGAGAAUCUCGCCAUCUCCGUCGGUUCGUCUAUUCGCAUCGAGGAUCUAGCAUUCCUCAAGAGGAAGAAGCUGCGCUCGCUUGUCCUUCAGCGAUCGUUCAUCUCUGCGUCGUCACUUCAGGAUCUCGUUCCGAUGGCCGACACGUUGGUCCAUUUGGAUUUGAGCUAUUCACCAAAUUUGCUCGAUGCGACCCUGGUCGCGAAGCUGCACAUGUUGAAGCGAUUGAGCUUAAGCUCAAACCGCGACGGGAUCGAUGAUGAAGCAUUGAGCCGCAUUUGCUCCAGCUGUCCGCUUCUCGAAUCGCUUUCCAUCGACCAAUGCUCUCUUUUGACUCGCGAAUCGCUGAUGCAACUCGGCAAGCUUCAACACCUCAAACGGCUCACAAUGAGCGGCGUGAGCAAUGCGGACGACGCGAUUUGUUAUCAAAUCGCCAAAUGCUCGAAAUUGGAGGAGCUCGACUUGAAUUUUUGCAGAAAAAUAAGAAAAGCUGGUCUAUGUGCGAUUUUGACGAAUCUGAGACAUUUGGACCAUCUGGAAGUGCUUGGAAUCGCCGAUUAUUCGCAUCAAUUGCUCGCGAAGCGCCCAAAUUUUCCGAAAACCAUCGUUUGUGACGGACCAAUUCAACAUUUCACGUUCACAUUGCCGCCGAUUCCAAAUAUGGCGGUCGCCUAA